CCGUGAUUUCUUAUGUUUGUAAAGUAAAAACAGGUGAAAACAAAAACAAAUACUCAUGUUUCGUAAUAAUUUUAAUUCAAUCUUGUCAAAAUAUUUAUUUUAUUUCAAUAGUGAUGUUACAGUAUAUUAUUGAGAAAUUUUUAAAGAUAUGUUAGAAAAUAUAGGGGAAGUUAAUGUAGUAGAUGAUUCUGCUCAGGAAAAGGCUAAUGCUGAAACCCAUAUAGUUAUAAAGAGUACUACAAGAAGCCUUAAGAUAGAGAAAAAAUCAGAAAAGAGUGGAAAAGUCAAAACUACCAAUAAAAAAAAUUACAGAAAUCUAACAGUUGUAAAAGAAGUAGCUUUUAACGAUGUGCAUUUAGAAACCACUGAAUCUAAUUCUAAAAUACCUUUUGAUAGUCUUAUAAAUGAAUCAAGUAAAACUGAAAUUAAAAUGACAUCUGUCGAUAAAUCUAUUAAGUCUCUCAGUUUAAAACGAGGCUCUUGCUUUUAUUCAAAAAAUCCAGUCGACUCACUUGCAAAUAGAUCUGAGGGUUUCAUACCAUUAAAUAACACACAUGAGUUUUGUCAAAACUAUAGCACACAAGGAAACAAAUGGAAUCAUAAUAGUAACUCUUGGAAUAACAGUAAAAAUUAUUAUGACUAUAGUUAUGAUUAUGAUUAUAGAAGUUAUCACCAAUAUAGAGGUAAAAAGAAGCGAUACUUUUAUGAACAUGAUUCGUACAGAAAUUGUUUUCCUACAUCUAGACAAGACAGUGGUAAAGACUAUUGGAAACAAAAAUAUUCAUCAGAAUCUGGUUCACACGAUAUGCAAUUUAAUAAUAUACAGCAUGAAGUUAAUGAUCAUUAUAAUUAUGAUGAAAAUAAAGCCAGUUAUUCUAAUAAUCAAAAGGUAUAUGAUAAAGAAUUAGACUCGGCCAUACAUUAUGGCAGUGAUCCUAAUUUCAGUACAAAAAAUAAACAAGAAACAGAUUUAGAAACUACUGAUGAACAUUUUUAUCCAAAUGGACAUUCCACUUCAAAAAUUUAUUCCUACCGAAAUUGUUCUCCCAGAGUUGCUUCAGGGUCUGGAAAAGCUCACGGAAAAAUCGAUAGUCCAAGGCAACUUAGAUCAUCUAAAUUAAGGAAAAAUACUGAAGAACAAAAUAAUUCCAGUACAAUAACUAUUCUUAAUACAAAUAAUAAUGCAGAAAUUGAAAGUUCUAAUGAUACAGAUAAACAGCAAGACAAACGGUUGCCUCCUGAAAACAUGUCUGAUCGAAUAUCCCACUGGUUAAAUCCUCUGAAUUCUCGCGAUAAAGCUGAAAUCGGCAAGUUAUUGAAUAAUUAUUCUAAAUCAAAGAAAAAGGAAACUCUUUUGAAACUGAAGCAUCGUUCUGAAGAUAGUAAUAUUAAUAAUGAAAACAAUGAAAACUUAUUUCAUAACCUCGUAGAACUAACAGAUAGAAUCAAUACUGCUGAAUCUGAAGUGGAACAAAAUAGUAGCAACUCCCCCCCAGACCCAUCUUAUUGUUUGGAUGUAUCUCCUGAAAGUUUGAUAAGUUCUGAUAAAAUAUCCAAAGAUUUGUCUCCUAAACCAAAAAGAAGAAAAAAAUCGAACCUUUCAGAAUCCAGUAGUCAUUCUUUAGAUGCGAAUGUUAGCUCUCGUAGAUCUUCUGUUGGUAAAGAUACAGACAGCAAUAAAAAACGAAGUGCUAGAAAAUCUCGUGCUUCAACAGAUUCAUGUAUAAGUUUCCAAAAAACAGCACCUGUUAGGGAAUAUGAAACACAAGUAGCGGAACAGAUGCAAGGAAAACGAAGAAGUUCAUUAAGUUUAUCCAAUAAAUCUAAAAAGCAUAAAUGUUCUGGUUCUGAGUGUGCCAUAGAAUGUGCGUAUGAGACCAGGGGUAAUUCGGAAGAGUCUCCUACUGUUAAAGAUAAUGUAAACAAUGAAAUUUAUGAUGCUGAUUUAAGUUUCUUGGUAAAAUCAGAAGAUAGUCCAUUGUCAGGUCAAAACCAACCAGAAAUCAGUCAGAAUGAAGGGCUUAAUCUUGGCAUGGUUGAAAAUGCUAAAAUAUUAGACGUAGAAGAUUUAAUGAAAAUGUUUGCCCUAGAAAAUGUAACCAUUAAAAAAGAAUUUGAUGACCCGCUUAUUGAAGCCAUAAAAAAUGUUGAUGUCGAUUUCUUGAUGAAUGUAUGCGAUCCAACAACUAAAACCACUCACCCAUCCUCUUCAGUUAAUCCUUCCAAUAAUCAACCAGAUAAAUCUGCUGCCAAUGUACAAUCAUCACUAGUAAAAUUGACGAGUAUAUCACAACUUCAAACUGUUACAAACAUAAGGGAUAAACAAGUCAAUACAGUAGUCAGUGAAACACCACCACAAAUACAAUCAAAGACAAAUUUAAGUGACACACAAUUAAACAAUUCACUACCUCCAGCAUCAUCAUUACAAAAACAAUCAACAGCAAAUAUGUGUGAUACGCAAGUAAUUAAUCCUGAAAAUGAGCAACCGUCAUCGAUUUCUAAAGCAAUCGGUGUGAGCCAGAGCAAUAAACAGUUUGAAACCUUUGAGACUGCUUUCCCAGGUUUAUCACCUUUUACAGUUUAUGUAAAUAUAAGUAAUGAGCUGAAUAAGUUGCAAAAAGAAGAAGAAGAAAAAAGGAAUUGCUUGAAAGAAGUUGAAAAGAUGAUAGAGGAGCAUCAGAAGAUUCUGAAUGAACUGAUGACAAGAAAGUUAAAAUUGCAAAUCGAAGAAGAUAAUCUCAUAGAUCGAAGAAAAACUCUGACUUGUGCUUUGUCUCAAUGUGUAAUUAGUGACUCCUAUGCUGUUACUAUAGAUAAAAAUCAAACUUCACAACGGCCGAUUGAAGAUGUAAAAGAAGAAAUACGUACAAUAGAUACGUCCACAUUACUGAAAGUGGUGAACCAAUUGCCAGAAAUUGCUGAUGUUGAGACUUUGUAUAGUUCUGCAACUACUUUUGCAACUCCUGUUUCAAAUACGAGCCUAACUAACUCAACUUUACCUUCUGAAAACCUGGAGUUACAAAAAGAAAAAACUUGUAAAAGUCCGAAGCAGUGUGCACCAGAAGAUAGUGAAGAUAUUAUAAUCAUUCCUGCAGAAAAGAAGGUUGUCCCAGUUAUAGAUCUUGUUGAUUCGGAGUCUCCCACUAAAAACAAAGAUAUGAACGAGCCUAAUCUAGCUCAAAACUUCUCUGAACUUAUUGUACAUAAAACAGUUGUGAAUUCCAUAAAGGUUCAUGAUGGUUAUUUGUAUUCUUGUUCAAAUGAUUAUACAGCCAAAAGAUUUAACCUGAAGGAUUCGAAAGAUACUGUCUUUUAUCUGCAUUCAAAGAGAAAUGUCCUCCAAUUGUGUAUUGAAACAUUUAGUGACUCUACUAUUGUUUUUACCCUUUGCUCAAUGGACACUCGUCUAUCCUCAUUUAAAGCCAAGGAUGGUGUUCUUUUAAAAACCUACUCUUUAGAAGGUAUUUGUGCAGGUAUUUCUAAUGGAUGGGGAAAAGUAUAUGCUGGCCUUAAAAGUGGUUUAAUUGUGACCUGUAACCGAAAAGAUUCAAAAGACCUUGUAAGAAAUUUAGAACCCGUGAAAAGUCUAGCCUGCACUAUGCAAGGAGGUUUACGUGUUAUUAUAAUUUUAUCUGUGAGUGGUCAAGUUGCUGUAAGAGAUGUUGAGAGAAAUGGGUUAUUAAUAAGAUACAUCAAAGCUCACAAUGACACACCUCUCUUCAUGAAUGUUUAUAAUGAUUAUGUGUAUCUAAGUAGUUCAGUUCUUCUCACAGCAACUAACCUCUCUACAGGAACUGUUGAAAAUAAAAUAAAGUUGACUUCUCCAAUUACUGGUUUAGCUGCAUUUGAAACUAACAUUUUCACUACUGCCUUUACUGGUAUUGUCAGGUGUUAUCAUGAAGGAAGGAUGCCUAAGAUGAAAAUGGCAUACGGUGCUGGGCAUGAAUCAUUGACCUGCAUUUAUGUCUAUCAAGGCUGGGUUUUUACUGGAAAUAGAAAUGGAGUUGUUUCAGUUUUUAAAUUUGAUCCUUUUAGUGAAUAUCAAUGUCAGGUUAGUAAUUGUAAAAAUGUUUACAUGCAUUUGGAAGACUUAGAUAGGCAUGUAAAUAUCAACUCUGAUCAUAAAUUAAUUUCGAAGAAUAGCAAGUGUCCUUGGAGAAAGUGUCAGCAGUCAUUUAAUAAAGAUUGGAAUGAAGAAGCUAGGAAGCAUCAUCUUAAAUCUCAUGUCAAAAAGCUUCCAAUACCUAUUUCCAUUUUGUAAAUUUUAUAUUACAUGUAUAGGGUCAAAUGUAUAUUUUUAUACAUACAAUGUAUGCAUGAUAUUAAAAUUCAUGUAAUGCAUGAUGUAAAGUUUGUAUUAAAGAUAUGAAUAAACUGUUUAUAUUUUUCACAGUAUAA